CACCUGCUGGCCAAAUAUUUGACACCAUAGUGCCGGACGGGUCAAAAACACCACAGUAGAUAAAAAGAACGAUUCGCGGGGUUCGCCCCAGCGUGUCGAAUGGCUUCAGCACCGUCAGCUCCUCCAAACAACCCUCUGUCUGGGCAAAGUGGCUAUCAAUUUGUGAAAGCGCUUGGAACCGGAGCGUUCGGCAGCGUGUUACUGUAUCGUCGCCAGCUUACGGAGGGCGGGCCUAUCGAGGAGGUUGCAGUCAAAGUAAUAAGCCGUGAGGAAUGCUCGGACUUCAACCUGGUGUCUCGAGAGGUGCACAGCCAUCGGAUACUCGUGCACCCUCAUGUAAUACGAUUUAAACGGCUAGGUCUUACGCCCGACAAGCGAUUCCUCUACAUGGUGAUGGAGUAUGCGGACCGCGGGGACCUACUCGACUACCUGCGUCGCCGGGGGCGCUUCCGAGAGCACGAGGCGCGCUGGUUCUUUCAGCAGCUCGUGUUCGGCCUCGACUACUGCCACCAGCGGGGCGUUGUGAACCGCGAUCUCAAGCCGGAGAACCUGCUGCUGAAGCGGACGCCGGACGCGCGACAGGAGUUGACGCAGGGCGACCUGGAGCACCCCUUCAACCUGCACCUGAAGAUUGCGGACUUUGGACUGAGCAAGGAGGGCAUGCACUCGCAGCCCAAGAGCCGCGUGGGCACUGUCACAUACAUGGCGCCCGAGGUGCUGCGCGCGGGGCCCAGCCGGCGCUACGACGGCAACAAAGCGGACAUCUGGUCCGCCGGCAUCGUGCUGUAUGUGAUGCUGUUUGCGCGCGCGCCCUUUGACGACCCGCUGGCCACCACCGACAAGGCGAGGCGUGACGCCACCAUGCAGCAGAUCCUGCGCGGCGAGUGGAACGUGCCCGCCUCCGUGCCCGUGGCGCCCGAGUGCCUGGACCUGCUGCGCGGCAUCCUGUCGCCCGACCCCAACACCCGGUUCACCCUGGCGCAGAUCAUGUCGCACCCGUGGUUCUCGGUGGGCCUGCCGCCGGCGGCCCUGACCAUGAACACGGUGCUGGUGCGGCAGCAGACGGCGCAGCCUCCGCCGUACGAGCAGAGCGUGGAGGACGUCAACACGGUGCUGGAGGAGGCCACGCAGCGGCCGGGGCAUGGGCAGGGCGGCGGGCUGGGCGGCAGCGAGAUCACCGACUCGGGCUUUAUGACCAUGAUUGCGGACGAGAUGGAGGAGGAGAACCGGCGGCACAACGCGCCGUACAUGGUCGACCCCUACCCGGGCCAGGGGCAGCCGGGCGCGGGCCGGCCGGGGCAGCCCGCGGCGCCGCAGCAACGAUAAGCCGCAGCGAGCCGACAGCCAGCGGAGAGCACACCGGCGCAUGUGCCGAGCUCGGCAAUUCACGCCGAACACAAGCACUGCGGGCGGCCACGAGAACGUCACGUGAAAUGCGAUGAAGUACGAGCAGCAAAACCUGAGCUAGCUUGCGGAGGCAAUUUUCCUCCGCGUUGUGCGGUCGGCGGGUGUGCAUACAUCGCGCGCAAUGCAAACGGAGCGGGCCCGUGUAGAGCUCACAUUCACAGCCAGCUACACGUGUCCCGAGCACCCCGUAUACCUACGCAUGCAAGCGCACGUGGGGCCUGCGCCGCCAUACGCAUGCAGCUGCCACGUGGCUUACACACACAAGAAGGAGGGACGUCUUAUCCGCCUGAUGAUAGGUACUCAUGAGCGUCUGGUGGUAGUUAUGGUAGAUGGUGUGUACACGAGUCGGAGAUGGCAGCGCGUGCUCGUUUGUGCGGUAUAGCAGUGUGCAUCCUAACGCAUUUCGUGCCCGUAUUCUUGGCUAGCUUUUAAGUGUGUCGCGUCCAUGUAUCGCGUCGUAAUUUGGUUGGGUUAUUGAAGCGCUCGCUGUCCAUGUGCCCAGGCAUCAUGCGCGGCGCGGGUGCGCGGCGAUAAGCUACCCGGCUUUAGACUGCAAACAUGUUGAAGUGUGUCGCACUGCGGCAGGCGUGCGAGUUGACAGUUGCGUGGAUGGUCUGUCGGGCAAGGCAAGCAGAUGGUAGGUGUACCCCGCAGACGUAUUGGUUGCGGCGCUGUCGGACCGGCAACCGGCGAACACCUGGGCCCUCAGCGCGCAGUGCGAGGGGAGAAGCAAUUGGAAUGGAGAUCGGGGCCGGCGCAGGGCGCAUGCAAGAUUCUGUGUGCCGGCGUUUGUGACUUGGUGUGGGCAAGGCAAGGUGGCACCUGAUGGCGGCAGCAUCGGCGUUGGCGCUUGGCACUGAGGACGGCUGCUUGCAGCGACUCCUACAGACCUGCGCCCCUGUGGCUUGUUAGGAGGCAAGUAUUGGACGCCCUCCUGAAGGCCUUCCCCAGGAGUUGCCCGCUCCAGUGGAGGAGCAGAACUGCAUGCAUCACUGGAACUGUAAGAUAACAAGAAG